CAGAUACCCAAUACAGCAUUCCAGGAGUCAGAAGUGCAUCUAAUUUUGUUCCCUUGUCAAAGCAGAGUAAUGGACUGAGGGUCUGGGCCAGCCAGCAGGCCCACCUCCGGGAGCAGUUCUCGAGGAAAGACUUCGCGGAGUGGCAGCCGGCCAGCAAGCGGGAAGAGUACAAGGAGUGGCAUCAGCAUACCGGACCUCGGGCUAGGGCACUCUUCCUCCAGCGACUCGGACGGAAGCGUUUUCCAAGAAGGCAAGCAGACUGUAAGACAGAUCAUUGGUGGUUCUCUCAGCGUUAUCCCUGCAGACAAGCAUCAGGAGAGCAGCGAGAAAAUUAGAGCAUGGAAGUCGGGGAGUGAUAGGGUAUUUAUGCCCUUGAGGGACGGAUACAGUGACAGAAACAUCUUCCUCCAGAGUCAGGCUGAGAGGGAGUACAGAUCGCUUCCAGAUUUGCAGUCCAAAUCAGGACACAUGAGUGCUGCCGGAGAGAGCCUGGUACCUGAUCGGGUAUUAGGAGAAUAUCCCUCCAGUGUGGACUUUAAUAAAGAGAAUGAGAGUGCGAAGCCUAGCAGGAAGAUGCAUUACCAAGCUGCUUCACUGAAACCUAUGAAGCAAUCAUUUGGCAAGAAAAUAUACAAGGCUUCAGAGAUCCUGCAGUCCAGUGACAUUACUGAUGAUGAGAGGAUGGAUCAGCCUGCGCCCAGCCUGAGCCAAGUCGAUCAGGAAAUGGCUAGGCUUUUGCAGGAACUGAAGAAGGUGAGGACAGACUCGACUGCCUCCGAGAGUGAGCCCCCAACCCACGAUACGUCUUUUGACCAGGACCCGGCCAGCAUCACCUUGCAUAAACUGAGCCAAGUCUCCACAAUCUUGUCUCAGUAUGUGGCUCAGUCCGCCUGCAUCCUAGUGGGUCGCCGACGGGAACGCCAUCAGUAUUAACGUGCCCAGGUUGUUGGGUACCAGUCCUGUUCAUGAAUCCUGAUGUUUUUUUUGUCAGCUGGUGAUAUUCUGGUGAAGCCUGUGCUUGCCCUUGAUUUCCUUGUGGCCAUCCCUUUUCCAGCCAGGGCUUGGCUGUCUGCAGUGCUAGCUUCAACUGGGAAAGUGGGCAGGGAUAUGCUGUCUUGCUUUUUCUAUUCAUCUCUUUGUUUUCUCCCUUUGAAGCCACAAUUGCAAUAAAGUAGCUUGCAUAUGAUCAAGCUCUUUAACUCCUUGGAUUCAGGUGCCUUGCUGCCAGUGCAUGGUCCAAAGUCUGGGCAUUAAGCUUACUCACGGGUAUGUGGCUUGUAGGCUGGGUGAACACAAACCUAUGUGGAUUGUCAAUACUCUUUGCCUUCCCUUAUCUU